CGUGUUGGGUCCAGAGCGUGGAAGGGACCUUCCAUUCAAGGGGGGGGGGGUUGUUUAGGCGGACGAAACCAUGGGGAAGUUGAACGUCGUUUUGCUUCGCUAUCUUUCCCGAGAACACUUCAGAGUACUAACUGCGGUGGAAAUGGGCAUGAAGAACCAUGAAAUAGUCCCUGCCAGCUUGAUUGCCUCCAUUGCUAGCCUCAAACAUGGGGGAUGUAACAAAAUUUUGAGAGAACUAGCAAAGCACAGGCUCUUGGCUUAUGAACGAACUAAAACUGUCCAAGGUUAUCGAUUAACUAAUGGAGGUUAUGAUUACUUAGCCUUGAAAACUCUUUCUUCUCGACAAGUUAUCUGUUCUGUUGGAAACCAGAUGGGCGUUGGAAAAGAAUCAGAUAUUUAUAUUGUUGCAAAUGAAGAAGAGCAGCAACUUGCAUUGAAGCUGCAUAGACUUGGGAGGACUUCCUUUCGGAACUUAAAAAACAAGCGUGAUUACCAUAAGCACAGAAACAAGAUGUCCUGGCUCUACCUGUCACGUCUUGCUGCAAUGAAGGAGUUUGCCUACAUGAAGGCUUUGCAUGAUAGAAAAUUUCCUGUUCCAAAACCAUAUGACUACAAUAGACACGCAGUAGUAAUGGAACUUGUCAAUGGUUACCCUUUAUGUCAAGUCCAUCAUCUCGAAGACCCUGCCUCUCUGUAUAGCGAGCUAAUGGAAUUAAUCGUGAAACUUGCCAACCACGGUUUGAUCCAUGGUGAUUUCAAUGAGUUCAAUCUCAUGUUGGAUAAUGAAGAUCGAGUCACAAUGAUUGAUUUCCCACAGAUGGUGUCAACAUCUCACCCAAAUGCUGAAUGGUACUUUGACCGAGAUGUGAAAUGUAUUCGUGACUUCUUUAUGAAACGUUUCAGCUACGAAAGUGAACUCUAUCCAACUUUCAAGGACGUUAGGAGAGCAUGUUCUCUUGAUGUCGAAAUUGCAGCCAGCGGUUACACCAAAGAAAUGCAGGAAGAUGAUGAGCUUCUUCACCCAGCUGGCCCUUGUGAUGAGGGCAAUGAAACCGCGUGUUCUCCCAACGUGCAAGAUUCUGAAGGGGGAGAAACGCUAUGCAGCGGCACAGAUCAAAAGACCGAAGGGGACUUCACAGAGGAGGUUGACGAUGCCGCCGAAGAUUUGGGGCAAAGCAGCGAAGAAGAAGAAGAUGAUAGCGCAGAUGAAAGUGAGCAGAGUUUAGAUUUGCGGGAGUUCGCCUGUGCCUUACAACAAGCUGAAGGGCAAAUUAUUGCUGCUCGAGACAGGGCUAAUGCAGGCUGCUCUGUAAUUGAUUUUUCUGAGGAUGAAAAGAAAAUUGAAAAAUCUACCAAAACUGAAGAUCAGACAGGUCAGGGAGAAGAGCCUGUUGACAAGGACUGCGAAGAUGAAUGCCCUGAUCUGGUUGACUUGUCAACAUUAAACAGAGAAUUCAGGCCUUUCAGAAAUGAGGAAAGCCUAUGUCACAUCAAUGACCACAGGACAAGAACUACUAGCAUGACUUCAGUAGGCAGUAUGGGAAGUCGUUCAACUAUUCCUCCAGAGCUGAUAAAACAAAAGAUCAAGCGCCAGCUGACGAAACAGCAAAAAGCUGCUCUGAGACGGCGGUUGCAGAAAGGAGAAGCAAACAUUUAUACAAAACAGCGGCGGGAACACAUGCACAACAUCAAGUCGAGUUUGGACUCAGCCAGCUUCUGGGGCUAACAUCCUGCAGAAAGAUCUUCCUUCUUUCCCCAUGCCUUGCAAAUCAAUGAACAAAAUGGCUUUUCUGCUU